ACAAGGAAGGACAGGGUCCUGACACUAUCCAUAUAGUGUCUGAGAUUGUGAAGCCCUGAAUCUUGCACCUAUUUUCCAAGCUGUUGGGUCUGAGGUCUUUAUAGAUCCCCGCAAGCCUGUCUGAGAUUGUGAUGUCUGCAGACUCUUCCCUUGGUUGAUGUGACCUUUGAGGAUGUUGCUGUGUACUUCUCUCAGGAGGAAUGGAGGCUCCUUGAUGAGGCUCAGAGAUGCCUGUACCACGAUGUGAUGCUGGAGAACUUUGCACUAGUAUCGUCUCUGGGUUGCUGUUGUGGAACAAAGGAUGUGGAGGCACCACUUAAACAGAGCGUUUCUGUGGGAGUGUCACAGGCCAGGACUCCAAAGAAAUCUCCAUCUUCCCAGAAGACCCACCCCUGUGAAAUGUGUGGUCCAGUCUUAAGAGAUAUCUUUCACUUGACUGAGCACCAAGAAACACUACACAGAAUGAAACUGUUGAGGUGUGGGGCAUGUGCAAAACAAAUUUCUUUCACUGCAAACUGUCCUCAGUACCAGGAAAAGCACAUAGGAGAGAAAGUCUUCAUAAGUGAUGGGGACAAAGCCUCAUUUGCAAAGAGCUGCAAUUCCCGUGAGGAGGUUGGGAAGGACUGCCUGACUACCUCAGGAAGUCUCCAGCAGCAGGACACUCACACAAAGGAGAAGCCAAACAAAAUCUCCAAAUGUAGGGUGACAUUUCAGCACACAAAAAGUAAUAAUACUUGGGAAGAACGCAAGAAAGCCUUUAGUCCCAAACACACACAUGUUCAGGACUCAGGUGUGCACACUAAGAGACAGUGUUUUGUGUGCCAUGAGUGUGGGAAAACAUUCAGAUACAAAUCCUCGUUUGUUAUUCACCAGAGAGUCCACACUGAUGACAGAAUUCAUGUAUGUGAUGACUGUGGAAAAUCCUUUAGGGGAAGCUCAGCCUUCAAUCAACACCGAAGAAUUCAUUCUGGGGCAAGGCAGCACAAGUGUGGCAAGUGUGGCAAGUCCUUUAACCAAAAAUUUGUCCUCAUUUACCCUCAGAGAAGUCACACUGGAGAAAGUUGUUACGUGUGUUGUGAAUGUGCACCAUCUUUUAGGCAUAGCUCUGUUCUUACUCAACAACAGACAGUUUAUCCUGGAGAAGUGAGUUUUGAGUGCAAUGAAUGUGGGAAAUUCUUUAAACGAAAAUCUGACCUCAUUGAACAUGGGAGAGUUCACACAGGAGAAAGGCCUUAUGAGUGUAGCGAAUGUGGAAAAUCUUUUACUUCUAGCUCUGCCCUUCGUUAUCAUCAGAGAGUUCACACUGGAGAAAAGCCUUAUAAGUGUAGUGAGUGUGGGAAGUCUUUUACCUCUAGCUCUGGCCUCCGUUAUCAUCAGAGAGUUCAUACAGGAGAAAGGCCAUAUGAGUGUAGUGAUUGUGGGAAAUCAUUUACUCAAAUAAAUCACCUCAUUAUACAUAGAAGAGUUCACACAGGAGAAAGGCCUUAUGAGUGCAGUGAAUGUGGGAAAUCCUUUAGCCACAAAUCUUACCUCUCCCAACACCAGAGAGUUCAUACUGGAGAAAGGCCUUUUGAAUGUAGUGAAUGUGGGAAGUCUUUUACCUCUGGCUCCGCCCUCUGUUAUCAUCAGAGAGUUCAUUCUGGAGAAAAGCCCUAUGAAUGCAGUGAAUGUGGGAAAUCUUUUACCAAUGGACCAAUACUCAUUCGACACCGUAGAGUUCACACAGGAGAAAGGCCUUAUGAGUGCAGUGAAUGUGGGAAAUCCUUUACCCAAAGAAAUCACCUCAAUAUACAUCAGAGAGUUCAUACAGGAGAGAGGCCUUAUGAAUGUCGUGAAUGUGGAAAAUGUUUUACCUCUGGCUCUGCCCUUCGUUAUCAUCAAAAAGUUCACAUUGGAGAAAGGCCUUAUGAGUGUAGUGAAUGUGAGAAGUCUUUUACCUCUAGCUCUGCCCUCCGUUGUCAUCAGAGAGUUCACACAGGGGAAAGGCCUUUUGACUGCAAUGAAUGUGGGAAAUCUUUUAGGGACAGUUCCCAGUUGAAUCAACACCAGAGGGUUCACACUGGAGAAAAACCUUAUGAAUGUACUGAUUGUGGGAGAACCUUUAGCCAGAAUUCAUAUCUCUCCAAACACAGGAGAAUUCACACCGGAGAAAGGCCUUAUGAGUGUACUGAAUGUAGGAAAUCGUUUACUUCUGUUUCUGCCCUGGGUUAUCAUCAGAGAGUUCACACAGGAGAAAGGCCUUACAAGUGCAAUGAAUGUGAGAAAACUUUUACAAAUAGCUCAAUACUCAUUAGACACCGAAGAGUUCACACAGGAGAAAGGCCUCACGAGUGCAGUGAAUGUGGGAAAUCUUUUACCCAAAGAAUUCACCUCAUUAUUCACCGGAGAGUUCACACAGGAGAAAGGCCUUAUGAAUGCAGUGAAUGUGGGAAGUCUUUUACUUCUCGUUCCACUCUCCAUUAUCAUCAGAGGGUUCAUACGGGAGAAAGGCCUUAUGAGUGCAGUGAAUGUGGCAAAUCUUUUAGCCGAAAAUCUAACCUCUCUCAGCACAUGAGAGUUCACACUGGUGGAAGGCCUUAGAUGUAUAGGAAAUGUACAGAUUUUUUUGUUGUUGAUGUUUUAUUCGGUGUUAAUAGCACUGGAGGAAACUGAGGCCCCAUUUGUCUGAAUUUAAUCUUAUGCAUCCAAACAUCAACAAUAGGGAGAUUCUCCAUAAGUUUUAGUUAUAUGGGAAGCAUGUGUGCCUAUGUUGCAUUUUCUAAUUUACACAUAUCUCUUGCCAGACCUAUGUCACUGGAGAUUUCUUUGGUCGAAGCUAUUUCACCUCUACCAUCUAGCAGGUCUCCACAGUUUGCAUCAGUCACCAUCCUGAUGUGCUCAGGACAGCUUACUCUGUUGUCUGAUUUGUGGGAGGAAAUUGGGAAUAGCCUGAUCUCUUAAGAGAUUUGCAUUCCCUUCACUCUGACUAGUUGGAGCACAAAUCUGAUUCAAUGUUGACCCCAGAGAACAUCAUCUGAGUUCAACUGGCAGCUUGAGAAGCACUGUUCUUUUUUUCAGAAAGACCUGGUUCCCUAGAUAACCUGUAGUGAAUAUUUCCAAGUCACGAAUCCAAGAACUGCCAGGUCCAUGUCCCUUUGGUUUGUGAAAUAAUGAAUGUCUUAUUCUUUAGGUCCUCUUAAUCUUGGGUGUACUGUUUGCUAUGUGGGGUAGUUUAUACGCAAAUUUGGGCUCUACAGACAGGUGAUCAAUUUGUAUAGGGGUCUCAAAAUUUCUGUCUCACAGAGGAUGGUGUGUUGGCAGAAAUGAGCUCACUGGUUUGCCAAAUUUAUAUUACUUGCAUCCUUCUAGGAAAAGCUGCAGGGCUUUCUGGUCAUGUUAAGCCUGAAUGCUAUGAGUUUUAGGAGACAUAGAGAAUUCACCCUGAGAAGGAAUAGGUGUUCCAACCUCAAGUGUUUCUGGGAGCAGUAUGAAUUUAUUGUUUAGUAGGUAUGCCAGUACUUUGGAAGGGAAUCACUUUCAAAGUUCUUAUAGAGAGCCAUGUGCCCUUUUGUCUAUAACCAUUAUUACAUGGUUGAUGGUCACUGGUAGUAGUACCGUAGAGGUUAGGGGAAACCAUUAUUGCUACAGAAUCACUGGCCUAAUAGGGAUUGGAGAAGACUGCAGCCAGCUGGAUGGAAUGUGCCUCUUUUAAGUGUGUAUGCAAAAAUGUUUCUGUGAAAAUGACUGCAGAACGAGUGUGAGGAUCUCCGGGCAUGUUUAUCUUCUGUGGCUGAAGUCACUUUCAUUGAAAAUAAUAAAAAUAUUUUCUGAAUUUCAAUACGUUCUCAUGUUCACUUCAAGAUAAUUCAUGCCCAGGCAGGAAAUCAAAGAUAAAGGAAAAGGGAAUUUAUAAUCCAGGAAUGUGGUGUUUGUGAUGCAACUAUAUCUUGAGACUUUUUUAAGUUUUAUUUUUUUUGGUACAUGCCCCUAGCGGGAACCAAACCCAGGACACCCUGGUCCGCAGGCCAUCGCUCCAACCACUGAGCCAAACCGGCCAGGGCGAGACUUUUUUAAGUUUUAGUAUGGUAUAAUACACAUGUAGUAAAUGACAUGUUUCAUAUAUAGUAUCUGAUGAAUUUUGACAUGUACUAAACUGAACCCAUCACCAUAGCCAUAAGAACUAACCAUAUCAGUCACUGUGUAUUUACUUUAUGUUCUUUUAUACUCUCACUCUCCAUGUACUUCACAGCUCUGCAAGUAACUGUUAAUUUACUUUUUUUUUUAAUAGACAACUUUGCAUUUCAUAGAAUAUAUAUGAUGGCAAUAAAAGUUUUUCUGCUUUUAUUUCUGUUGCUUAAAUACUUGGAGAUUUAUU